GUUUCUAUGACGUCACAGCCUUACUUAAAGCGAAAAGGCUGCUCAACUUUUCUUGUUUCUUACCAGGUUUUCUUCGUUACCACGUCUUAAAAGUAUCCCCAGCUGUCAGGUAGCUGGACCGUUACCUCAGAUGUCCCAAAGAGAGAGGACCAUUCUCCGCUGCAGGAGGUGUCGGAAAGGCGUCAUCGACUCCACGUGUUUGUCAACGCAGACGGGGGCCACAGAUGAAAGCUCAGAGGCUGGGUGCAGUAUUUGGCACGUGGAUGUUGACAUGCUGCCAGAGUGGAUCCUGACCUCAGUUCACCAGGCCCAGUGGACCGUAGGGAAAUUGUACUGCCAGAACUGCGGGGCCCGUUUGGGCGGCUUCAACUUCAUCAACCACAGCGAGUGUCCCUGCGGUCGAGACGCCGCCGUCCACCUCAGCAAGAGCCGCGUGGACCGCGACCACAAACACUGCGUCCUCAUCGUCCAGCCGAGGAGGAGGACGUCCGAGAAGGAACAGAGCGCUCUGCUGACAGACGACUGUCAGAGCAGAGAGCGGAGGAUGGACUUUAACAGUUUACACCUCAACUGUGCAGCUCAGGCCUCCAGUGACAACCCGCCGUCAUUCUCCUUCAGUCCCCUGUACUGCAUCUCUCACAGGAGACGGCGCAGUUUGGAAGAAGACGCCUCCAUCAGGUCGUCUUGUUUUUGCCCUACAGUGAGGUCUGCUGUCCAGAGACCAAGGACAGGUGAGUACACACCUGUCUCGUAUCCCACAAGUCAGCGCUUUGACUCUGAAGGUGAAGCGUCCUUCAUCGCCUGCCGUCCGUUCGUCUCAGCAAGGACACGCUCACCUCUGCUGCAAAGGGUGCAGGACGCAGAGUCUUUUCCAGAGACCUCGUCUGUCCACCAGAAUGUUCCUGUGCCAGCGCUGUUUCUCAGAGGGAGCUCCGUCUCUGACAGCGUGGCUGAGGGGGAGGAGGGGGAUGAGGAAGAGGAGGAGGAGGCGGUGGUGGUGCCUGAUGCCUUCAUGGCCCCCCUUGCCUCGAACAGACUGAGCAGAAGAGAGAAGAACCGUCUGAAGAGCAUUCGGAGGAAACAGAGGAGGAGGGAGCGAUGGUUGCACAGCCAGCAGGAGCAGGCUGAGAGUGUGAGCCACUCCCUGUCUGAAGGUGAGGAUCUGGACAGAGAGGGCCUCACCUGUGCCGUGUGUCUGGAGGUGUACUUCAGCCCGUACAGCUGCCAGCCCUGCGCUCACGUCUUCUGUGAGCCGUGUCUGCGCACUAUCGGCAAGAACCGACCCACAAACACCCCCUGCCCCCUCUGCCGUGCCCUCAUCUCACACACCACCCUCCACAAAGAGCUCGACCAAACAGCGAAGACCUUCUUCCCCAAAGCGUACCACGCCCGCAAGCAGAGCUUCCAGAGUGCUGCGUGUGCAAAAUGGCCUCUGCCCAGCUGUCGCAAACGCUACCGAGCCUUCUGGGGUGAGCAGAGGCAGGCGGCGUUGGCGGGACGGCGCUGGCACUUUUCGCUCGGAGGUUUCACGAUGGACGCGUUGGACUUCGGCGGCGUUCGCGGCUGGCUCUUUGACAACGGCCUGGUCAUGGUCUACAUCUCCGUCAACUGGAUCCUGGCGACCUUCUUCAGUUUCUUCUUCAUGUACUUUUUCUUCUUUUGAGACGCAGAGCAGCGCUCCGCAGUUUGCAGUGCAGGUUUUAUUUUAUCUUUGUCUUUAAAGGGAAUGUGAGUUCAAAAAGUUAUUUGAGAAGCAAAAUCUCUCUGUGAUCAGAGACUUAGAAUCAGGGAGAAGGAACCUCACAUUUGAAGGUAAGAAAUUGGCAGGUUUGAAAUGUUUACAAUAUGUGCCAAGCGAUGAUUUGACCUCAUUUAUUUUUGCCAGUGUUAAGUUACUAUCAUUCUACUGCAAUACACUGCAGUGUCCUGAUCCUGAGUAAGGCUGUGGUACAGACACACUGCCUGAAACAGAGCGGUAUUUCUUCUGAUCAUUUUGUACUAGGAAGACCUAGUAAAUGCUUGCUGUUUGGUUAUAAUGGUAUUGAUGAUCAUCCAAAAAAAAAAAAAGCAAUGAUGCAUGAUGACAGAAGGGAACAGUUCCAAGAUUUGAGAAAAAUGCGUGUGUAGGCUUUCUUUCAGAGAGGUAAAACAACGUCUUAUAUAUGUGUUAAGUAUGGUGAACAAGCUGGAUGGCAAUUGGCCUAGCUUAGCAUAAACCUGGAAGCAGGGGGAAGCAGAUAGGCUGGCUCAGUCCAAAGCAAUGAAAUCCUUUUUUAGAGGAAAAUAGCAUUCCUUGGCAGAAACAAUUGCGCAGCUUCCUGAAGAUGUGUGUUCACCAUCACUGGUUUGGUGUCGUUGUACAGAGACCAGAAUCUGUGCUAACACGGCUGUGUGGCAACCUGCGCUGAAGCCCAAAGCAAUGACACUCAUUAACGCUAAUGAAGAAAAAAUCAGUGUGCUCCCUUUAAUAAGUGUGUGCCUUCGAUCUGUAACAAGUAUCAUGAAACUGGAAUUCACUAGCUUUAUGUUUUAGCCCUCUGGCAGAGAAUAUGAUGUAUGCAUUAGGAAGCCAAAAACAGUUUUGGUGUUCAUAUUAUGUAGAAUUACUAAUUCAAAAAGGUGCAAUUUGAGUUAUGCAUAUCUGCAUAUCUGCUUUUUGCAAGACUUUUGCAUUUUGAGGAGUGAAAUUGUUGCAAGAAUAAAUCUACUGCAUCUGUUUGUAAGGGA